GGCGCUCCGGGGGAGCCCCGGGCGCAAUUGGACGUUGCGCGGCGGUGGGACGCAGUCGGUUGCCAGGGCGACUGCUGCGAAGAUGGCUGCCGCGUCUGGGUCGGAUUGUGGCCGCCGCCGCCCGGAGAGCAACGACGCCGGUUCAAAAUGGCUGGAUGCCCACUACGACCCCGUGGCCAACAUCCACACCUUCUCCUCCUGUCUGGCUCUGGCAGAUUUGCAUGGCGACGGGGAGUUCAAGCUGGUGGUGGGGGACUUUGGCCCAGGUGGGCAGCAGCCCCGCCUGAAGGUGCUCAAAGGACCCACGGUGCUGACCGAAAGCCCCCUGCCCGCGCUGCCCGCUGCGGCCGCCACCUUCCUCAUGGAGCAGCACGAGCCCCGCACGCCGGCCCUGGCGCUUGCAUCCGGCCCCUGCGUCUACGUGUAUAAGAAUCUUCGGCCGUACUUCAAGUUCAGUCUGCCCCCGCUGCCUCCAAACCCUCUGGAGCAAGACGUUUGGAACCAGGCCAAGGAGGACCGGAUCGACCCCUUGACCCUGAAGGAGAUGCUGGAGGACAUCCGGGAGAAGGCAGAGGUGCCGCUGUCGGUACAGUCACUCAAGUUCCUGCAGCUCGAGCUGAGCGAGAUGGAGGCGUUUGUGAACCAGCACAAGUCCAAGCCCAUCAAGCGACAGACAGUCAUCACCACCAUGACCACCGUGAAGAAGAACCUGGCUGACGAGGACGCCAUCUCCUGCCUGGUGCUGGGCACUGAGAGCAAGGAGCUCCUGGUGCUGGACCCCGAGGCCUUCACUGUCUUGAGCAAGAUGAGCCUACCCAGUGUCCCCGUCUUCCUGGAGGUCUCCGGCCAGUUUGAUGUGGAGUUCCGGCUCGCCGCUGCCUGCCGUAAUGGCACCGUGUACAUCCUGAGAAGAGACUCCAAGCACCCUAAGUACUGCAUCGAGCUGAGUGCCCAGCCCGUGGGCCUUGUCCGGGUGCACAAGAUCCUGGUCGUGGGCACCACCCAAGACAGCCUGCAGGGCUUCACUCACAAGGGGAAGAAGCUGUGGACGGUGCCAAUGCCGGCGGCCAUCCUGACGAUGAGCCUGCUGGAGCAGCGCUCCCGGGGCCUGCAUGCCGUCAUGGUCGGGCUGGCCAACGGGGAGGUGCGCAUCUACCACGACAAGGCUCUGCUCAACGUCAUCCGUGCCCCGGAUGCAGUGACCAGCCUCUGCUUUGGCCGCUAUGGGCGAGAGGAUAACACCCUCAUCAUGACCACUCGAGGUGGCAGCCUGAUCAUCAAGAUCCUGAAGCGCACGGCCGUGUUUGCCGAGUGGGGGGGCGAGGCGGGGCCCCCUCCAGCACAGUCCACGAAGCUCAACAUGCCCCGCAAGACCCGGCUGUACGUGGACCAGACGCUGCGGGAGCGGGAGGCCGGCACCGCCAUGCACCGCGCCUUCCAGACAGACCUGUACCUGCUGCGCCUCCGGGCGGCGCGUGCCUAUGUGCAGGCCCUGGAGUCCAGCCUGAACCCAGUGUCCGCCUCGGCCCGGGAGCCGCUCAAGCUGCAUGCCGUGGUCCAGGGCCUGGGCCCCACCUUCAAGCUGACGCUGCACCUGCAGAACACUUCGACAGCCCGGCCCAUUGUGGGGCUGCUGGUCUGCUUCCUGUACAAUGAGGGCCUCUAUGCCCUGCCCUGCGCCUUCUUUAAGGUCCCCCUGCUGGUGCCCGGGCUCAACUACCCCCUGGAGACCUUUGUGGAAAGCCUCAGUGACAAGGGCAGCUCAGACGUCAUCAAGGUGCUGGUGCUCCGAGAAGGCCAGAGUGCUCCCUUACUGAGUGCUCACAUCAACAUGCCAGCGAGCGAGGGGCUGGCCGCUGCCUGACGCUGGGAGGAAUGAGCUGGAGGACCAGCCCUCCACAGACCAGAGCCGGGCCUGUUCUCUAGACAGGUGCCUGCCGGGGCGACAGCAUCCUUCUCCCGAGCACCCCACCCCCACCCCCACCAGGCUUCUGAGGACGUGAGUGUCCUUGCCCAGGAGGGCAGCCAGGAAAGCAGGACUGAGCUGGACCGAGCAGAGGUGCAGCUGAGUCAGGACAGGCGGCACAAGAGGCAGAACCCCAGAACUGCCAGCCUAGGUCCCCCUCUGCCCCUUGGCACCCAGAGCAGUGAUGGGGCGGAGGCAUAUGAGAGAGUGCAGAUGAGAGGCCGCAGUCCCAGCCCAGUCCCCAGUGCACCUGAAGUAGCCCCACCUCCAGCGCCACCCCCACCCCCAGCGCCAGGAGCCGGUCAGGCUUGGGGUGUCACAUCCCGCACGGCCUGAGUUUCCCCACAUGCAGGUUCAGUUUCAGCAUCGUGCAGCCCGGUGGCCCCAGCAGAGGAGACAAGGGGGUGACUCGGGCUCCAUGGGGGGGCCCAGUGGGAGCAGCUGCAGAACUUUGCCCUGAGUUCGAGGCCCGCUGGCUGCCGUGGCCGGGUACCUGGUCAGCCGAGGCAGGUGGGAGCAGCAGGAGGUCUCACGGAAGUGGAGCGAUGGCAGAGGGCCACUGUCACGGGCUGGGCGGGCACCUUGUGGCGCUGCGUGGGGCAGGUGACCCCACAGGUCCCUUCACUGGUCAGGCCAUGAGCUGUGUGGCUCGGAGCAACAACGUCUGCCAGGGUGAUACUGUUCUGGGUCCUCGUCUGAUGUGAAUGCCUGUAGUGAUGCCACCCCACCUCCUGAUUAAAGCCUGUGGACGGUC